AUGGAUAAAAGUAAAACGUUUGGACAACAAUGGCGAUUCAAUCCAGCGUUUAAACCGCCUGAAACGCCUUUAGACUCGAUGGAGUUUUUGUCACGAACUUGGAGCGCUUCCGCAACUGAAGUUUCAAGAGCCGUAGUCGCGUCUCCUCCAACGUUGUCGCCGUCUCAACCGCCGCAAAUGCGUUUCUCGGAGAUCCAUAGUGACGUCACUCUUGUACCGGAAGAUGAAGAAAACGUCGCCGUUUCUGGAAACACUUUCUCUUUCGCUUCUUCUGAGACUUCUUUAAUGGUCAUGGAACGUAUCAUGGCUCAAUCCCCGGAGAUUUCAUCGCCACGGACCUCAGGGAGACUUUCACAUAGCUCUUUCACCGACAGUCCUCCGAUCUCUCCUUCCGACAUCGAAGACUUUAAGCAAUUCUACCGUGUAAGUCCAUCCUUUACUGGACACAUACGUGGUCCAUCCGCCGUCCCUGGCACAGCCGGAGGAUCUAAGACUGUUGGCCGGUGGCUAAAGGACCGGAAGGAGAAGAAAAGAGAGGAGACGCGUGCACACAAUGCACAACUCCACGCAGCUAUAUCCGUAGCUAGCGUGGCUGCCGCCGUGGCUGCUAUCGCUGCAGCCACGGCAGCUCAAUCGAGUUCUGGAAACGAUGAAAUAAUAGCCAAAAAUGACUCAGCGGUGGCUUCCGCCGCGACUUUGGUGGCCGCCCAAUGUGUGGAAGCGGCGGAGAUUCUGGGAGCUGAUCGCGAGCACUUGGCCUCUGUUGUUAGUUCGGCGGUCAACGUUCGUUCCGCCGGAGAUAUCAUGACGUUGACCGCCGCUGCAGCCACAGCUUUGAGAGGAGCUGCAACGUUGAAGGCGAGGGCAUUGAAGGAGGUAUGGAACAUUGCCGCGGUGAUUCCGGUCGAGAAGGGAAUACCAAGAAUACCAAAAGGCAGUGGUUACCGCAGCGAUUUAGCUCCCGAAGAUAAUUUCCUUGGGAUUUGCAGUAGAGAAUUGCUAGCUAAAGGUUGCGAAUUGCUUAAACGCACCCGCAAAGGUGAUCUUCAUUGGAAAGUUGUUUCGGUAUACAUAAAUAGAACAAAACAGGUAAUGUUGAAGACAAAGAGCAAACUUGUUGCUGGGACCAUUACAAAGAAGAAAAAGAAUGUGGUGGUGGAAUUGGUAAAAGGAUUACCCGCAUGGCCUGGCCGAGAGUUGCUCGACCGUGGUGAGAAUUUGAGGUAUUUCGGGCUAAAGACGGUGGAGAAAAGAGUAAUUGAGUUCGAGUGCAAAAGCCAAAGGGAAUAUGAUCUUUGGACUCAAGGUGUUUCCAUGCUUCUUUCCAUUGCUUCUGAAAGGAGACGCUAA